AUGCCGCGUUACACCGCCAUGCGACGUCUCGGUCCAGUGGGCCAUAGCGGUGGAAUAAGUUCAAACGGUGUCACCACUGUUGGUGCCGUCACCGCGAGUAAUGUCGGUAACGGCGUUGUCAACAUCGGCGGAGAUGGAUCUCAGGGCGUUGCAAUGGGCCCCGGUGCAACGGAUGUGGCUUCGGCUCGCCCGCUUCUUAUUGUACCAAACACAACCUCCGCUGCUGGAGGCUCCGCAGACGUUAGUGACGAGGAGGUUGAUCAGUUAUUAAGGGAGCUUGAACGCUCUGUCGAUAGUCCACAGGCAGCUGCGGUUAUGCGUGACGCUGUGUGGGCUAUUGAGCGACGUGCAUUUUCUAGUUGUGACCCCCAUAGUCGUGAUUAUUUCCUCGAGAGUCGUGUUCGGAUUAUCCUGAUGAGCCUGUCGACGACAAGUGACGUAAAGCAGCUUCUGCUGGCCGUGGACUUCAUUGAGGCCCUACUCGCUGUACCGUACACCAACCUGCAACACCGAUUCACAAGGCUAUGUAGGAGUCUAAUGAACAUACUGCGCUGUGGUAUUGAGGAACCGGCAAGGGAAGCGCAGCGUGUUUUAAAGCGCAUGCUGGUGACUGAUUCGCAGUUCGGUGCUUAUCACACCCCGUUGAGAUCAUUCAUUACAAAGGAACUCCGCGACAACUGCAAGGUGGCGCUCAUGCGGUUAUAUGGUAGGGCACAGCAAGCCAACGUGUCCUUCACGCCUGAUUUUCUCUCUACCAUGCUAGCAGCGGAGGCAACGGCAGAGAUCAGUCCACGGUUCAUCACGGGGACGCUUCGGCAGCAGGUUCUGGAACUGGCAAGUAUGCUAGCAGGUUUCUCUGAUCUGUUGCUCCGUCGUGCCGCCUAUCGGUGUAUGGUGGUAUUGUUCAAAAACACAAGCGCAAUGCGACGCAAGGAGGUAGUGCUUGAGAACCGCCGAAUAAUAAACGAGGCGAUCCGUUCGCUUAAUUUGAGCCACAAUAGUGAGUCGAGCAUCAUCUCCACACUUGAGACGCUUCGCGCCCUCCUUAGCAGCAGAGGGGUGCACUGCAUGGACAAGCAAGUGAAUACGCUUCCUCAAUUAUGUGUACUUGUCACUGAGCAACACAGAAUUUCGAAGACAACAGCAGUGCGCAACGCAGUUUGUGACCUCGUGCCUGUUAUUGCUGAAACCGACAUCAGCUCUGCUGCUCGGCGUACAACAUAUUGCGCCAUUAUCAUGGAGCCCGUAAAAAACGUCCGCGACGAUUCUAACAAAGACCUGGAGCUGCGAAAUCUAGCGAUAUUCAUACAAAAUGUAGGUUACGAGGUGUUGGACUCAACUAACAGGGUAAACUUAGACUCCAUUAUCCAGCGCUACAUUACGCGACGUGGGACAGAGGAGGAGUGUUGGCACAUUCUUGCGGCCAUCUGCAGCUCACGGGCGAGACCGGAGACGCAGCGUACUCACAUGUGUAGCAAAACAAGUUAUAUAGCCAUGUCCUCCUCCUCCGCAAUGCAGAAGGGCUGCGAAACGAUCCAGGGGCACCAAAGUGGGGGCGAGAUUAGCUUAUCCGCGCAAGAACUUCGUUCGGCCAGCGCUGAGGCCCAUUCAGUUUGCCAGUUGGUGGCCGGAGAAUCCCAAAACAGUUGUAAUAGUCACGAGCUCAUGCAACCUGUUGAGGCUCUUGUUCGGCGGUGUCUUCCCCACAUGGUCCACGCCGUUCUUUCUGAUGAAUUUGUGCGUUACAUCACCAUCAUACAAGAUCACCUUCCGUCGUUGAGCUCGGACCUGCAGACGUAUCUCGACCAACUAGUAAAUCGUACACUGAGGAACGAUAAGCGUAAAUAUUGUGGCGGUGAAGUGGAGGACGGCGCUCUCGUCGCUCAGGUAUUUGCUGGGGACCGCCUAUCGACGGAACUGGGGAACUCUCAGCCACAGGAAGACAUCAUACAGUCAUCCACAUUAGCCUAUGUCACCGCGAUGGGGCGUUUAGCGCAAUACUUACUACCUACCACCCUACCUGAAGGAGGUGCCAUAAACUGGCAGCAGAGUCAAGGAGCAACAAGUACGACUGCCACUGAUGGCAAUGGUCAAGGUUAUAGCUUAGGAUCAGUGGAAACCUUUUGCAAAAGUGUGGUGGCUGGGCAACCACAAUUGGUAUCGCCUGAAAGUACACUUAGUAGUGCCGCAGGAGCCACAACAGCCGAGGUUUGCAGUGGGGCAGCACCCGACUCUGUGGGUGCCUCAGAGCUCAAAAUAGCGCUGGAGGUCUUUUCAAAGCGACAGAUAACAUCGAGCGAUCAGCUAAGGGAAGUGAGUGACAUUAUCAUUCAAUACCAGCGACAUCCGGACAAGCGGGUACGGCAGCAAUGUUGUACAACCGUUAUCGAGGCACUCAAGUGCUGGGCACGGUACUCACAAAGCGACCGAACAUCAGCUUAUUCAAGCCUGGUGCCGGAUCUACUAGAAGUGUACUUGAAAAAUGUCGCCAUGGAGUUGGAUCCGAAGGUGCGGCUUGUGGAAGUGACACUGCUAGCCGACGCUGUGGAGUUGCGAAUGUUUCUUAGGGAAAAACGCAUUAUCGAUACAUUGAUAAGUUUUCUGCACGAUAUAUCGCAUGUGCGUGAAAAGACCAUGGAGCUGCUGGUGACGCUCGCGCAAGACAACCACACCGGUCCUUCGGUGGAGACAGUGCAGUAUAGUCUACUCAUUGUGGUGGAGUCUUCCGUGGCGGCGUUAGAGUACUCGAGCGAUCCCCGCAUUCUCAUUCGACACAUGUCAGACCUGCAAACGGUGGCUAAAUUCAGUCUUAGGCCGCUAAUGGGGCAUCUGGAUCGUACGUUUGUCGCCUGUCGCCGGCGCCUUGUGGAAGAGGUAGUACCUGACACCAUUGCGUUGUCUACGCUCAAAACGUUGCGAACUAUACUGGAGGCCAUAAAGCGAGAGGAAGCUGUGCUUCUGAAAUACAAGGACGUUGCAUUGGAGUUGUAUGCGCCGGUGGCAGUGGCUCUCCGCGCAAGUACCGCCUCGCCUCUCAGUCACGCAGCAAUCGGUGUUUUAGUGUGUAUGCAUGAAAUCGGGGCAUCACCGUUGAACUGGGAUGCUCGUCAGUUGCAUGAAUUGUUGCAGUCCGUCACCGCAGUAUACAUCGAGGCGGCAAACAGCACGGAGGAGGAACUGGGGCGGGCACUCACACUCUUUGGGCAAAUUGGUGCGGUAGACCCGGCCACAAAACCUGAUACAGCCGCGAUGAAAAAGAAAGAUGAUGAGGCGGCGAUUCAAGAUGAAGCGGACCUUGAGCUUACCUAUGACUAUACAAAGAUUGUUUACCGCAACCUAAGUCGCAUGCUAGACCUGAGCUUGUCGGAAAGCGUGUGUGUGCAGUCGAUGUGCACAUUAUUGCAUCUUGUGAGGCUCACUACCGACCGAAAGGAACUGAUUGGUGGAAUGCACGCCAUAAAGGCGAUUCUUCAAAUUGCCAGACGCGCCAAUGAUGCUCCUUUGCUUCGGAUUGAAGCGCUCCACAUACUAGCAGCCAUAACUUCGCUGAGGCACGAGAAGGUGUGCAAAACGCUUUUGCCGGAGCUGGUUACGCUGUUCGAGCAGCUGUGGUAUCCCCAAGACCAUGCACUCUUUCGCGCAGUUCUCAACCUCGUUAGCGCGCUGAAACCAGGAAACCUGACAGGAAAAGAGCAAUCGGAGGUUUGGCCGUGGUUGUACCCGCGCCUUGUGGACGUUGCCCUCCAGGACCAUACGGAAACCCGCGAGUUCUGCCUUCGUGUGGUGGGAAUCAUCCAGCACGCCAAGUAUAUCCCACCUCACUGUAUUCCUAUCGUGUUUCCUAUGCUCACGCAGUUUGUUCAGCAAAUGGAUCAGUUGGCGGAGCUGCGCUCUCUUUCGCUCUGUGCGGCAAUCCGAAUCGUAUGCAACCUUCAGGCAGUGCAGCACCUACCCUCGCUGAUGCACACUAUCUGCACCCUUACGCGUCACUGUGACCUUACUGAGAACCUCGGGCCCCGCCUCUCCACACCGACGCUACAUAGGUCGUUGAGGCUCCUUUCGAACACACAUCCGAACGGUGAAGCGGAUGUCAACGCACUGUGUGAGCGGUUGUGUGCCACAGGGAGUGAGGGAAGUGCGGAUGCAGGUGGUUGUUUCACGAAUGAAGGAGGCGAGACCUUGCCGACGUCAACACAGCCAAACUCGUCUUUCCAUUGUGGUAACGGUGAUUACGCGUCUGCACCAUAUCUUGGGCAGUACACUCAAAAAUGCCAGCAGCAACAGCAAGGGGGGACAUAUUUAGACCCCAACGACGACGAAGCGUACGAUACGCUGCCGCAGGGUCAGCAGGACAUAACGGCAUUUAUGAAGCAUGUAGAAUUUGGGCUCCGAGCAAAGGAUAACAAGUGGCGCGAAUGGUUCGCAGAGUUUCAGAAGAACAUGAUAGUUGCCUCUCCGCACCCCGUCUUCCGUAUUAUGGUAGACCUCUUUGAUAAGCACGAACCAUUGAGGCGAAAGCUGUUCCAUCCAUCCUUUAAGUGUUUCUACGAGUCGCUGAAUGCCGAGCAUAUGAAGAAGGUGAAAGAUGUUCUCAACCUUGCCCUCAGGUCAAGUGAUACCGAGGUUGUGUCCAAGUGCAUUGGGCUUGCGGACUACCUCGACCAUAACCCACCGAACAUAAGUGAGUCCGUGCUACAACAACUGCGUCAUCUGGAGGGCAAUGAGCCUAUGGAUGUGGGUAAGUUCACUAAACAUAGCAAUUUGCACGUCGGCAACGUGAUUGCUGGAAGUAGAAGUCCAACACCCGCCUGUCGUCACGAACCUGGGGGGUAUUACGCCUCCCACCACGGCCAGCUUUACAGAAAUAUCAGUGAUAACUAUAAUUUUGAGUCUGUGUUGCACUCACUCAAUUCACCCAAAACAGAAGGGCCCGUUUUCAACGAAGGCGUACGUCCGCCUUCUCAUAAGGUUCAGGAUGUGGGUAACGGAGAGCAUGAAGUCACUGACAACGGGGGGACCGACAGUGGAUGUGGCGUUGAGCGGAAUGGUAAGGAAGGUAGAAGUGAGAGUGAAAGUGGUGACGUCAAUGGAAGCGCUCGCCGCCAGACCAUGUUACCUGUGGCCAAGUCAAUUGAGGGUGAUACCAACGAGGGUCUAAGUUUUCUCGCUGGGCCAGUCGCGAGGCGCAUAACGGUAUCCGCACAUCACACCACAAACGUUAAUGCAUCCGAUGGCACUUGCCCCAACACCGGCGAUGCAGAGGUUCACAUUCGUGCCACAGCCAUACCCAGCACAGUCAACCCACUGUUUACAAACGAUAGCCUCGUAGAGGCUGCCCUUCGGACGCGGAUGCCUGACAAGGCUAUGAGUUAUCUUGAGAACAAGUUACUCCCAGUUAUGCAGAAGUAUCGCUACGCCCACAGCGUACCUAAGGAGGCUGUGCAGGCAGUCGUCCUCCCACUCGCCUCUCUCUACAGUCGGCUCGAAAUGCAGGACUCAGUGGUCGGGCUUUUCCACGCGAUGCGUUACAAAAGCGAUAAUGAAGACGGGUUUGCCUAUGAGUUAUUGCAGUGGUGGGAUGUGGCACAAGGCGUGUAUGCAACCAAGGUACAUGAUUGCUGUGGAAGUUCGGCUCGUGAUAUUGAUGGUUACGUGAGGAUGCUUUGUCUGUGUGGAGAGUGGGAGCGCGCUCUGCAGGUCGUGAAGGACACCUACAAAUCCCUCGACCAACCAUCGUCCACCAUUGCGCAGUCGGGUGCGAUGGCAGCGUGGAUCCUUGGUAAAUGGGAUGACGUGAAAAUGUUGAUAGAGCGGCUUCCAAACAAAGAGAAGGGAAAUAUUACGCUUCGACACUUCUUUCAAAACGCCACGCUUUUCCACCAAGAGUUCGGUUGCCGGGCACAAUGGGAUUGUGGGGUUCAGGACGGGCAGAGGCGCUUGGAGACUUCGCCCCAGGUAGAAGCCCUCCGCGCGUCUAUCAUGCGGGCGAAGAUGGAGGUAGAUGAGAGCCUUAAAACGUUGUUGCCACUCAGUUACGCGCACGCAUACGAAAAUCUCACCAUGUUGCAGCACUUCACCGAAAUGGAGGAGCACAUUGCCUACAUGGAGUCGCGAACGGAGGAGUUUCGGGGCCAACUUCGGGAGCGUUGGAACCGUCGCUUCGCUGCACUGAAGCCGGAUUCGCUUAUGCCCAACCUACGCUCCCUUAUGCUCCACUCGCUUGUGCUAAAUGCGAGUGAAAUGUCCGUGAUGGUUGUCAACUUCUGUGAGCGGACUGGGACGAAUUACCCUCAACUGUCAAAAUGGGCUAUGGAGUGGCUUAAGCAAGGCAAGUUUCCUCGUGCCAAUCAUUUAAGUCAGUCGUGUCACGUACUCCCUGCUACUCCGGUCAGUUUAGAGCCGUGUGUGGCCAUAACAUACAUUGGCCAAGUGUGGAGUGGCGGUCAGCGGCAAAAGGCAGUGCAACUGAUGGAGAAUUUCCUGGAGGAAACGCAUUCUACACUGGAAGAGCAGCAGCCAGCUGCCUAUGGUGUCGCGCAACUUCGUUUAGGUAUGUGGAAGCAGGAGAUGUUUGCAGAUUCUUUUUGGAAGGUUGAACACCGCCAGGAAGUUUUACGGCACUUCCAUGAGGCGGUACGCGCCGUGCCCGGAAGCUGUGAGGCGUGGCAUAGUUGGGGGUUAAUGAACUACCGAGUGCAGCAACGCGAUUGCUCACUAUCUCGUUAUGAGCAGCGCCUCUUCGUCGAAGCCGCGCAUCAGGGGUUUGUUGCGGCUAUCUGCCGCAGUGCAAGUCCCUCUACUGCUCUUCCUGGCGUGAUGCGUCUGCUUCAGUUGUGGGUUUUCCAUAAUGGAAUGUCAUUACUGAAGGAAUCGGUGGCAGACAGCGUCGCCCGAAUCCCCACUGAUUAUUGGGUACAGGCAAUUCCGCAGCUGAUCGGUCACUUGCGCAGCGCAAGCCACGAUGUACGUGACGUUGUGAGUAUGAUUCUUCAACGACUGUGUGUUGCACAUUCCCAAGCUGUUGUUUUUCCGCUGUUAGUUGUGCUUAUGUCCGCUGAUGGCGGUGGAGGGGAGACGCACUCUCGUCGGAAGGAGUUGGCGCGAUCCAUCAUUAACAAUCUUCCGAAGCGCAUCCGCGCUGAGGCGGAGUUAGUAGCCACCCUCUUAAUUAAUGCAUCGGCGACUCCCAUUGAACGGAUAGGGGAAAGUCUCAGUGCGGUGGCGACGGCAUGGAACCCGAACGCAGAGUACGAAGAAGACAAGGAAGAGGUACGACGAAAACUAAGAUAUGUGCUUGAUGUGUUCAAUACUAACCGGCGUCAGCUGCUCUACAACGUGGGUGAUAUUGGCCAGUAUGUGAGGAUUGUCAUGGAAGAGGACGCGUGCGGCCGCAGGGAGAAGGCAAGUGGCAUUCUCACCCAACUAGUGGAAGAAAUCACGAAGCACAUUUCGGAGAAACUGGGAAAAGAGCCUCAGAAGGCGAUGGAACCGCUACUGAACCUCCGCAAUCUUUCAAUAGCAGUGUUUGGAGAGUAUGAUAUUCAGUACACCAACUUUCCUACUAUCGCGUCGUUUAGUUCAAAGCUUGAUGUUAUUCCCUCUAAGAAGCGUCCACGCCGCAUCCGCCUCAGCGGCUCUAACGGUUGCAUGUACACAUAUUGCCUGAAGGGAAAUGAAGAUAUACGUAUGGAUGAACGGGUCAUGCAACUGUUUGGUAUGGUGAAUGUUCUAUUAAGUGAUGCCAAAACCGCGAAGAGUGCAUUCAUACACCGCUUCCCAGUAAUCCCCAUCAGUGAUAACGUUGGCCUGCUCGGUUGGGUAGAGCACGCGAACACCAUCAACAAUACCAUCUGUACUCACCGCAACACCAUUUCAAAGGUACGAACGCAUCAUGAGUCCAACACCCUUAGGGCCUAUGUUGAAACCAUCGGGAGUUGGGAGAAACUCAGCAUGAUACGUCGCACAGAAAUACUGGACUACGUCAUGUCGCAGAAGGAUUGUGAAGCAGUGGAUGUUGCGCGUGCCAUGUGGCAUCGGUCAAAUACAGCGGAGCAAUGGUUGGAGCGCCGCACGGCCUUCACGCAGUCGUUGGCCACCAUGUCGAUGGUUGGUUACGUGCUUGGGCUUGGGGAUCGUCAUCUGGGCAACAUUCUCCUUUCGAUGUCCACUGGAAAAAUCGUACACAUCGACUUUGGUGACAGCUUUGAUGUCGGUCGGUUGCGCCAUGUACUUCCAGAAACCGUUCCAUUCCGGCUCACGCGCAUGCUAACGAAUGCAAUGGAAGUGUUUGGUGUGGACGGUGUUUUCCGCGCCUCAUGCAACCGCACACAGUCAACGCUGCACAAGAACGCAGACAGUAUCAUGGCGCUUCUCACCGCUUUCGUACACGACCCCAUUGUUCAGCACAAGGGGAAAAUGCGGAACAUGAUGGAGAAGAGCCGCACCCCGCAGAACAUUGUAGAGCGCAUACGUAACAAACUUCGUGGGACGGAAAUGGCGGUGAGGAAUGCUGAUACGGUGAUAUUUAACACGGUACUGGAGAGUUCACGAAGGCCGGACCUUCUCUACAUGUCACAUGCCUUCAAUGAUGUUGCGAAGCGGACGGUGGUGAAUGGACGGACAACAGAGGAGCAGGUGUCGAUGUUAAUUGAUGAGGCGACGCGAUUGGAGAAUUACGCCGCGCUCUACUUUGGAUGGGGACCGCUGUGGUGA